AUGCGCGCCUCCAGCAUCGCUAAGGGUUACACCUUCUACCUGGGCACUGGCCCUACUAUGACCGCGGAGCCUAUGGUUCAGCAUGGCGGUGCCACCGGUAAGUUUUCCCUUUCUCGAGCGUUCGCGCAGCGCGAUGUCAAGGCUCACACAUAUUCAGAGACUGGCUCGUACGAGCUUACGACCUUCAUUGAGGACCCCGGUAUGGGUCACGCUACCGUCAUCGAGUCGAACCUGUUCACUGUGGUUACUUCUUCCAUGUGCUCUAUGACCACCAUUCAGGUGUGUGACCCGAUUGAGGUUACUCACACCCUCAGCGUCUCCGAGCCCAUCCUCACUGAGACCGCUGGCACCACCUCCUCCGUCUUGGAGUCGGCCACCACUUCUGUUCAGAAGUCGAGCACCGCUUCGAAGACUGAGAAGACCUCGGGCUCGGUCUCCAUGACUGGCACCGGCACCCAGACUGUCGCCACUCCCACCGCCUCCUCUGAGGCUUCCAAGACCGAGGUCGUGGUCGUCUGCGCUAUCGCCGGCGCGUUGCUGAUGUACUUCCUCUAG